UUGGCUUAAUCUCAAAUCCAACAAAUUUUUUUAAAGAACAACCAUUAUUGGGACCCAGCGCUGCAUUCCCACCAUUUGCUGCUGCAGAAUUUCAUCCCACCACACCGGAAAAUUGGAAAGGCGCCAACAUCCAUCCAACUGGUCUAAUGAAAGAGCCAACUGUUGUACCCGGUCGCAAUGCGGCUGUAGCAGCAUUUACCGCACAAGGACAGACACAGGGUGCUGUCAUGAUGGUUUACGGUUUGGAUCAUGAUACAUCGAAUACAGAUAAACUUUUCAAUUUGGUUUGCUUAUACGGAAAUGUUGCAAGGGUAAGUUUGUUUUAUUUUAAUAAUUUUAACUUCAAAUAAAAUUUUAAACAAUAGAAGAUGAUUAAUUUCCACAAUUUGUUUGCAAGU